AUGAAACUUGGAGAUUCUAAAUUGGCCUCAGCCAUAAAGAAUGUUAUUAUAGCAAAUAAGAAUGUGGAAAUAAUCAAAGAUGUAUUAUAAGAAGAUCCAAGAGAAAUGAAUGUGUCUGUGUUUGAUUAAGUAGGACAGGAGAAUUAAGAUGUGAAAUAUUUGGAUUUAUUCAUUCAUUUAACUGAAUAAUGUCUUAACAAUCCUAAUAAAUCUGCAACUCUUUGUACAGAUCUAAUUCUUAAAAUAUCAUAUGUAAUAUCUGAUCCUUCUAAAUGGUCUAAACAUUUCAAUUCUAAAAUUUAGUAAUUAGUGUAAUUAUUAUUAGGUUUUAAAAAAAUCAAAUUCAUGAAAAGAUCAAUUAAUUCUUAUCUAAUUGUACCUUAUUAGUAGAAAAUUAAAAACCUGUUCAAAAGAUUAUAAUAAUGGCUUUAACAAAUUUAGUUACAAUAAAUGAACCUGAAGAUGAAACAUUAUGUGAGUCAUGUUUAAAAUCUUUAAAAAUAUUGUAUAAGAACAAUCCAGAUUUAAAAUAAUUACUUAAAAAAACAAUAUAAAAGAAUAUCCUAACUAAUUUAGAGCAAAAAAGUUUUCUUACAAUUCCUAUUUGUUUACUUAAGGGUUUGACUGAUUUUGCAUCUGAAAUAAAAUUAGGUGAUUGGAUGACAGAUUAAUAAUGUAUUCUUUUUGGUAGAUGGCUUGAAUAAAUCUUUGCAAUAUUUAAAGAUGAUAAAUCAAAGAUUGAUUAAUCAGUAGAAUGUACAUUAUAAUUAAUGAGUAAAUGUUUUGUUGCAGAAUCCUUUGCCACUUAAUUAGAAGAAUUUAUAACAAUGGAUGGAGUGAUGGAUAUUUUAAGUUAUUGCUUUACUAUCCCAAAAAAGGCUAAACCAGAUGAAAUUUUUACAAAAAAUAAAAUAAUAGUAUAUGUUUUUGAGAUGAUCAGUUCAUUAAAUAGAUUUCUAAAAAAAUCAAAUUAAACAUAAAAAGAAAAAUAUUCUGAUAAAAUUUCUACAGAAAUUAGUAAAAUGAUAGAUGAAUUGGAAUCAGAUAAAUAUCAUUUUGCUAAUUCUGACUCUGUUAAGACUUAAGAGUAAUGUUAAAUUAUGAAUAAGAAAUUAGGUUCUUUAAUUAGAGCAUAUGGUAAGAUUUUAGUAGAUAAUCCAUAAUAUACAAAAAUAUUAACAGAUAAAGAAAUUAGUGAUCCAAUUAAAAAAAAAGAAAGGGAACUUUUGGCUAGUUAAAAUGAGAAAACAAAAUCAGAUAAGAAAGAAGAAAAGGUGAUCUUUAUAUAAGUUUUAAAAUUAUUGACUAUUAAGAAAUUAGAUCCAUAUAUAUAUGGAAGUCUUUGUUAAUUUUUAGUAACAAUAUUAGAGAGUCAAGUUUGUGAUCUAUAUUUAGGUACAAUAGUAUCAACAUGUGAAAAUUUUAAUAAUACUUUAUCAUUAUUAUCAAAGAAUCAAUAUAAUGAAUUUUGUUUAAUGGCCAGAGUAUAUGGUAAUGUUUAAGUAACUGCAGAACAUACUCUAGCUAAUAUGCCAACUUUAGAAUUAUAAUAUGCUGUACUUCAAAUUUUAAAAGUUUUUGAAUGUAUGUAAAAAAAAGCUUCAGAUCCUAAUGAUAUAUAAAAGUUUUAAGAAAAAUUGAAAACUUUAGAAUAAUGGUAUUAUAAAUCGAUCAUUUUGUCUUGUUUAGAAUCACCAGUAGAAGAUAUUAGAAUAGUAACUACUUAUUUAUUAUCAAAUAUACCAAGUCGUAAAUGGGAAUUUGAUGAUCUAAAAAUUAUGUAAAAGAUAUUAGAAAAAUUAUAGUAAUUAUUAUCAGAUGGAUAAGGAGAAGAAGUAUAAAACAUAAAUAAAAAUAGGAAAUUUCAUGUUUAUUAAUGAUUUUUUGUAAUAUUGUAUCAUCAAAUGCAAAUCCAGUUUCAUAUCAAUUCAGAUAAAAUACAUCAUCAUCAAAUUUAUGUGUGGUUGCAUAUAAAAUGUAAUAGAAUAAUAUAUAUUUUAGAUUGAGAACUAAUAUGAGUAGAGAUACAAGAGGAGAUGAAAAUCAGACAAGAUAAAAAAUUGCAUUAAGUGCUUCUUGUGUAUAUUUAUUAAGUCAAUAUCUUUAUUCAUCAUAAUUAAGAAAUAAUUUCUUUAAUUAAAAGGCACUUUUUGAAAUUGGUGAAGCAUUAAGAUUAGAAGAUCAAUUAGGAACUGAUAUUAAAACUCCAUUAUCUAUAGAAUCUAUUUGUUUAGUUAUUUAACCAUUAUUUCAAUCUAUAGAAUGUAAAUUUAAUUUAAUAUUCAAUUAGCUGAUUUUGGUAUCAAUAUUACUCACUUAAAUUUCUUUAGAGUUUUGAUGUAAAUUAGUAGUAUUUUGAACUUUUAAAAAUAUUAUUAAACAUAAUAAUUAACUAAAGCAAGAGCAGAAAUAGAAAAAGAAAUUUAAGCUUAAAAAGAUUUAAUGUAAUCUAAGAAAAAUAAGAUGCAUAAGGUUAAUAUUGCUGAAGAUUUUGAUUAUGAUAAUAAUUAAUCUGCAGAUGAUAUUUUAAGCCAAUAUAAAAGAAAUUUAUAUUAGUAAUGUUGUGAAUAAUGGGAGGAUUGGAAAAUUAUUAAAUUUCCUAAUUAUAAAUCUCUUGAACUCAUAGAUGAUUUAAUUAGUGCUUUUGAAGUAUAACAUACUAUAUUUUCAUCUUAAAAUGGAGUAGAUAGAUUACUUGCUUGUUUAUAACCAUUAAUUUAAAAUGUACAUUUAGAUUUAGAAGAAAAAACUAUUUCAUUAGAUCCUAUAUAUUAAUAAGAAGGAAAUGAGUAUCAAUCCAAAGUUGUCACUUCUAGUUUAAGUAAACAUGCUAUUGUUAGUAAAUUGGUUGGAUAUCCUUAAAAUUAAGAUUUAAAUGUUUCAAGAUAUUCAUCCUAAUUUUUUGAAGUAGUUUAAUAAAAGAAGAUAUUGGCUAAUAGUAUGGUAGAUCUAUAAACAUUUUCAGAAGAUUAAUUUUAUGAAUAUAUGUCACUUUCUCGUAGUCAUAAGACAAAGAUUGCUUUAAUUACAAGUGCUUUUCUUUAUUCUUGUUAUAUUUCUAUUAUUUUUGCACCUGAAGCAUCAAUACUUUGUAAUGCUUUAACUGAAAUAUAAUAAAAAGAGAAAUUGAUAGGAUAUAUUAAAUUAUGUGCUGCUUCAGAUUGGUAUAAUUCAUGUGUUUCUAUUAAAUUAUUUAAAAUUUAUAGAUUGAUAGGUAGACAUAUGAUAUUUUUUUUCAAUAGUGAUAAUUCAUUUAAUUUCUAGAAAUUUGUAUAAGAAGAAAUGAUUAAAUAAUUAAGAUAAAGUAAUGAAUUACCUGCUGUUUUAGAACCUAAAUUAACAAAAAUAAAGAAAGCCAUAAAAGAAAUAGAUGUAAAAUAAAAAUAAUUAAAAAAAAAACCUUUGUUUUCAGCUCCAAAACCAGAAGAAUAUUUAGAAACAUGUUAUUUAAUUAAUAAAACUAUUUAAAUUAUUUUGAGUGACUUUAAAGAAAUCAUUUAAUCUCUUAAUAAAAAGUAUUAUUAUUUAAUUAAUUUUCUUUAGUUAAUUAUUACAACAAUUAAAAUUAGUUAAUAGUAUCUUUAAAACAAUACAAAUAGUAUUUAAAUAAAUGUUAAUGUGUGUAGUAGAAAUUAGAAUGGAUGAAUAUACAUAAAUAUUUUCAGCUCUACGCAAAAUUUAUAAAUAAAUUGGAGCUUAAAACUUUUUUGAUGAAUUAACCAUGUGUAUGUAAAAAUUAGAUAAAAAAUUGUCAUCUAUGUCAAAUCUAUUUUAAAAUAAUGAUUACUUACAAAAAUAAUAAUAUUAGUUAUAUGUCAAUUUAGCAUAAAUAUUAGGAAUCAUAUUCAUAUAAAAAGGACAAAGUUUAAAAUAAUUAUUUGGUAAUUUAUGUUAAAGAUUUGAUUCCUCUAAAUUAUCUGAAGCUGUCAAUAAUGGUAUUAAAGCAUGGGUAGCAUAAAUGGUUAUGCUUCAUUAAUUCACAUAUAAAGAUAUCUAUAAUCCAUUUGUUAAUUAAAUUCCUAUUCAUGAAACAAUAAUUGAUUUUAAAAAAUAAGAAUCCUAUACAAAAUUCAAAAAUUGUCUUCUAUUAGUUUAUAAUACAUAUUUUGUUGUUCUUGAAGUUAUAGGAGUUUAAGUUAAUCAAGAUUAUUUAUAAACUUAAGUAACUUAAAAGAAUUACAAGAUUCAUUUACAUGUAUAAGGAUAAUAAGUAAAAAUUAUUUUAUAUCUUUUUAGAUAAGAGAAUCUGUAUGUUAAAUGUAAUAGUAGGCUAAUACAAAUAUGACUGAAGAAUAAAGAUAAGAAUUACAGGAACAUAUAGAGGAAUUUAAUGAAGGAUUGAAAGUUAUGGAUUUAUAGAUAAUGAAUUUAGAUGGUGGAUCUAAAAAGUCUGAUCUUGAUUAUCUAUUUUACUUUUAAACAAAAUGGGAUUGUGCAAAAUAUGUUAAGAUAUUUAAUCUUUUGUAAAAUGCUGAUACUAAUUUUGAAAAUCCAUUGAUUUGA